AUUUGAUGAAUUUGAAGUUAGCUGACUUUGGUUUCACAGCUUCACUACAUACACCCAUCCGACACACAUAUCGACCUGGUCAACUGAACCCUUCUCGUCCGACCGGAUCAGACCCGCUUGGGCAAGCUCGCCGACUACACCGACCCGGUUGAAAAUGGCUGCUAAGGCAAAAGCUGGUUUGCUUACCGAGUUCCCUGAACUUGUCCCGGCCAAAAUAGGAUAUUACAAGAACACUCCGGCUGGGUGCGUACUGGAUCCAAAUGGUGGGAAUGUCUGGAACCCGACCAUCGGAUCGGGUCCGCUAAGGAUGGCGAUGAUCCCCAAGGAUCAGCCGUUAUCUCAUGGCGUGAUGAUCGUAAUGCGAUACUGGAGCCUCCUGCCGCCAGACGAUGAGCUAUACUUCCCCCCGAGAUCGCUGUGGGAUUACAAGGGUUUUGUUCGGUCUGGUAGUAUCCAAAAAAAGGCAAGUCCUGGACAGGGCAUUAAAUCCAAACCGCUUCGAAACAGUCUGAAUAAAAAUGGAACGACCCUAUAUGACAGCAGCGGUGACCUGAUGACGAUCGACGGCAUGACGCUGCGUGGGUGUCUUGGGCCUGAUCAGAAUAGGAAGCCUGGUUCGGUGACCGAAAAGAACUUCCAGGCGCAACCAAACUAUGCCGAGUGGUGGCAUGGCAUUGUCCACGGGGUGAGGAUCGCCGAUUCGGUUCAAGCCAAAGCAUAUGCAGAUGCUUGGCUCAAACGCUAUGCUCCGAGGAAGAUGUAUGACUCCAUGGGUCUGAGAUACCGCCGGUUGUCUUGUGAGAAGAGAUUCAACAAAGACGCCUCAAAGAUGACCGAUUCCCCAAUCGAGAACCCGACACCAGUCUAUAGUCGUGGGGGAUACAACUCUACGAGCGACUCAGAGGACCAAGAUGGACUUAUUACAAAGAAGCAGAAGAAGGCCAAGGUGGCGCGCAAACCGAAAAGGGCAUCAGAGAAGCCAAAGGCGAAACGGAUUCCUAACGUGGUUGAUAAACCGGUUGAUUCUGACGAGGAGGAUGAUGAUGACGAUGAUGGGGAGGAGGCUAUAAUUCCCAAGUCGAGGUCGGUGAAUUUAUGGCGGAACCAGCCAUCCCAGUCAGCCGGAACAAAGGACGGAGAGAAGAAGAAGCGGAAAUUACUAGACCCGUUCGAUUCAGAAGAGUCAGAUCGCAAAGAAAAUCCAGACCAGGUUAUAGCACGGUCCGAAUCGGUUCUCGCCUCCCAAUCCAACGCUCCUACCAACAAAGAGAACACAGGUUUCGACUCGGAUGAGGAACGUCGCCUUUCAGCUGAAGCAAAAGAAAUUAACGAGCAAAAGAAUGCCUUUGCUCAAAGGGAGAAGGAGUUAAAGCAGAAGCAGAUCCAGGUUGCAGAGAGACGUCGACUAUGGGAAGAGGAGACUCAACGGGCUGCAGAAGCUAAGCGCCUGGAGGCAGAGCGCAUUAAGAAGCAACGCCUAGAAGCAGAGGCGAAUCAACGCAUUGAGAUGGAGAAACGCCAGGUUGCAGCUGAACGCGUCCAACAGGAGCUUGCCGAUCAGGACAAGGAGCGCUAUGAGCAAGAGCAGCUCGACCAUGCCCAUCGCCAACAGCUCCUUCGGGAAGGAUACAUUUUUAAAAAAGAGAGCGAACAGCAGCGAGACAACCGCACUUCUGGUGAUACGCAGGACGCUGAGGCAGAGCCAGACGUACAGUUCUUAUACCGUAAUGAGAGUCUUAAACCUCAUGACGGUAACUACAAGCAUCAAGGUUUUGAAGAUGAAGACGAGGAUGAUUUGACCUUCCCCCAGCUAUUCAAGCCCAACCAAUACGAAGAGGUCUCCCGGUUCACCCAACAUGAAGAGGCACGAAACCGCCAGCAGGCUAUCAAGCUCCAAAUCGCUCCGCGCUCUCUCGACCAGAAUGGAAACCCCUCUACACCCCAACCGGGUGUUCUAUCAGAGCGUGAUUGUUACAGUGACCUCUGUACACUUCUAGGCUACCAAGCAGUACCCGUCGGAACACCAAACCCAUGGAGCAGGGAGUUUCUGCCUCGGCAUCAAGACGUCGAGUUACCCAAAAUGUUCGUAAUGGGAGGCAUUCUAUCCGCUCACGAUCAACUUGGCAAGAUUGUUAACGCCUCAGAACAAUUAAAGCUAAGCGACAUUAAGGAGGUUCAGCAGCAAGUUCGCGCUACAUUCGCAGGAAUAGAUUUGAGGUUCGAGGAACUUAAGAGGAAGAGGGGAGAGGAACAGGGUGAUGAUCAGCCUGCUGCCAAACGGCAGGCAUGAGCUCGAAGGUGAAAUCAAGUCGAGCGGCAGACGUAUCAAACCCAUCGCAUUUUUACCAAAUUCGCAGAGGCAGAACUAAGUGGGACGGCAUUCGAAUAUAUCUUAUAGGAGAGCGACAAUCAUUUCAAUAGCGCGCGGAACCGGAUGGGGAACAAUCAUUUUCAAAGGCGAGCAGAACUACGCGGGGACAAUCAUUUCAAAGGCGCGCGGAACCGGAUGGGGACAAUCAUUUUUCAAAGGCGUGUUAUGGAUGGGGAGAUAAUCAUUUUUCAAAGGCGAAGUACGGAACCGGAUGGGAG